UAUGCAUUUUACGACGUGGGUUUGCUGAAGCUCAAGCACGCACUGGUUUUCAAUCAUCGUGUGAGUCCAAUCAAGCUUCCCAAAGCCGAUGGUAUCAUGUCUGGUAGAACAAAACUUAACUACAAUCUUGUAAUGACUGGUUGGGGCCACGUUGGUCGAGGUAUUUUACCGGAAACCUCUGAUAUACUAUGCACUGUAAAUGAGCCGAAAGUCCCCAUUAGAACAUGCCAGGAGUCUAUUCGUCAAGCUUUCAACUGGGUUGAGCUCAACGACUUACAAAUUUGCACCAGACCACUGGAUGGAAGUGAUCUUGCUUGUAUGGGUGACUUCGGAGGUCCACUUAUUCAAUAUGACAGUAAUAAUAAACCUGAAAUAAUAGGAAUUCGUACUUGGACAAUGAUAGCUUGUAACACCAACGGUGUUCCACCCAUCUAUGCACGAAUUCCUUCUUUCGUCAAAUGGAUCAAUAAGAAUAUUAAUCAAAACUGAUUCCGACGUUAAAGAAUAUUGAAGUUGAAAUUUCACUUAUACACAAAUUUACUUAUUUCAAUAAUAUAAAUGGACGAAUUAUUAUUUUUGAAACUA